CUGUGCGAAGGCGAAAGGAUGGGACAUAAUUUAUCCGGGACGAUUCGAUCAUUUCUUCUUAUUUUGGCGCUGUCUACGUGCUAUCUCACGGCUGCUCCACCUGAUCUGCAAACAAGAGUUGAACAACUUGAGAAAAACUAUGUCGAAAUUAAAGAACAUUUGAAAGCUAAAAUUAUUGAUUUGGAGACGAAAGUCGGGCGACUGGAAGCCAAAAUUGAAAAACAGGAUUCACUUUUGGCUAUUCUCGAAAAAGGACAUGACCCUUUGAAAGAUAAUGUCGUUAUCAAUCGACCCCGUCGUCAGAUCGCAACUAAUCGUACUUGCCAGGAAAUCAGGGACGCAAAUCCGUCGCACUCCUCCGGCAUGUACUGGAUUGAUCCAGACGGACAAGGCAUCGGUGAUCCACCAAUCCACGUCGAUUGCACCUACUGGUAGGCGAGGCGGCUGCAUAAAUCUGGUGGUAUCUUAUAUCUGAUAAAUAGUGGCGGUGGGCGGAUACUUUCAGGGGCGCAACAGAAAUUUUGCAUGACAGCGAGUCGGAAAUGAACAUUGGAAAUUGCACAGAGCCCGGAUGUUACUCGAGGCAAAUCAAAUAUAACGCAAGCGAUAGACAAAUCCAAGCGUUGAUUCAAUUGUCUCUCAAAUGCUUCCAAUUCAUUGGCGUACUGUGACCAAAGCUCAAAUUUAUUUUAAUGAUCGUUUGUUCUAAAAUUUGUGAUUGACGAUGCAGUAUUAUUGCAGAAACUUGCCGUUGAAGUACAACGGGACCGUCUAUGCUUGGUGGAUCGACAAAGACGGGAAAAGGAACGAGUUUCCCAGUUUGGAGAAUUGCGACAACCUCGAUGACACUGUAAAGUUUGAAUUAAAUUUCAUAGGCGAUGAAGAUAUGUUGCCUGUCACGCGCCUCCAUUUUAGCAAUCCCUUUAAGGGCUCCGGCAAACACGAAGUGAGCCGGUUAAAAUGUUUUGGUAAGGUAAAAACGCAGCCAAUGCCGAGAUCGUGCGACGAUUUGCAACGGAUGGGACACACUCUCAACGGUAUCUACUCAGUCAGGAGAGCUAAACGAAUAGAAACUGUUUUCUGCCAAUUUGAUAAACGACCUGAUGAACGACAAUUCCAGGAGAGGAUCGGAUAUCAAAACAUAAAAACAAAGCCAAUAUACUUCAACGUACAGAAAGACAAGAAUUUUUCGAAAAGAGACGUUCCGCUUCCGUUUGAGAUUACCAUCGUCAACAUUGGAGAGGCCAUGGAUUUGCCAAGCGGCGUAUUCACAGCACCCGUCAACGGAACUUACUUCUUUUCCUUUGCUGGACUCGCGCAAUUUCCGAUGCUUACAGGUCCAGAUCCAGUUCCAGUGCAAAGGGAACUAGGCGCCAAUCUUUAUAAAAAUGGUGAAAGAAUAGCAAUCAGUCAGGUUAAUAUAGGCUACCUCGUAUAUCCGGAUAAUCGAAGUCCAAUCACCCUUCAAAGUACUGUAUCUUUGCGAGCUGGAGACAAAAUAUGGAUCCAGUUAAGUAUUGGGAUCAGUGGGGGGUUUCUAUACGACGAGAGGCAUGCGGAAGUGGACCAGGGUUCACACACGCAUUUUAACGGGUGGCUUUUGGAAGAAGAAAUCUAAGUAAUGCAGAGGUUUUCCACACCCCAAUGUGUGCCAGCAAAUACUACGACCACAAACAUAAAACAUCCUUCAAUCCCAUUAUCAAUGUACGUUCAUGUCUCUGUAGGGACAUUAUAGUCUUGCAAACAGCAAUUACCUGGCUGUUUUGCCAACUGCACAUGUGUGAAUCUCAUUCUAUAUGAUUGCUGAACAUGUUUUUGCCAUCGCUGCUUAUUUUCAGGAUUGAUUUGCGUGAUGGAAACUGAGUAUGAUGAAAUAAUGUUUUAUUUUUAUUUU